GUCAUCAACCAUGUCUUCUUCAGUUCUUCCCAUUACUCCUUCCUAUAUAAACCCCCAAAUAUUCACUCAUCUUCACCAUCUUCUAAUAUACAAAGGCAAAGUGGAAAAAUGAACAGUACUUACUCUCGCCAACUUCUCUGGUAAGCUACUCGGUAAAUGUGUCCUGGCUUCCUUAGUACGCUAGACAACUCCUUUUUUCUGGGCUUUAGAUCGAACCUGAUCUCAUUCUCCGUUGGACUCCGCCGUAAGAUCUAGGGUUUCAGGCCUCUGAAUUGCUCACGUAAAUAGCCAUUCCUCUUGCAAUAUUGGUUCAUUUUUUGUUGUUUCUUGGGGCUAUGGAAUCAUCUUCGCCAGGCCUUCCAAUAUCCGAGCUCUUUGUUGGUGCAUCGUUGAUAAAUUGGGCUGAAAUUGAAGGUAUUCAGCCUCGCGGUUACUGUUCACUCGAGAUACUCCAGGUUCUAAUUGACCUCUUCUUUGGUUUCUUUUGGUUGAAUUUUUUGAUGGAUUACGGUCGAUUGGCUAUGCUCUUUCUGAAUCUGGUGUUGGAUUUUCAAUCCAAUCAAGAUUUCUUGGAAGUCAACCCAAUUAUGGGAAUUUGUGAACUGUUCAUUAUCACGCAUACUCACAGAUUUGUUCACUCACCUUGGGUACCUUACUUUGAAUUCUUUCUUGAGACUUUUGUUUUGAAAAAACAAGAUGAAUACGAAGAAUACCCAUUACCAAAACAUGACAGCUGGAAAGGGAGCUUGCCCCUGAUUCAGAUGACAUGGCUACGAUUAAAGGACUUGCAAGCAUGCCUACUUUAUGCAAAUGUUUAUCACAAGUAAAUUGGAUAUUUCAGUAGUAGACUUAAUAGUGAUGCUCGACUCUCGAACUCCACAAUUACAAGUGAUUAUUGUUUUUGAUGUAGAUGUUGAAUCUGCUCAGGGGUCUUGACCAUAACCCCAUAAAUGCAAAUGCUCUGUGCUUUUUUUAUGAAAUUUAUCAGCACAUUGGCAUUGUCUUAUUACCAAAAUAGGUAAGCAAAAAGAAUAAAGCGAUGAUUUCCUG